CAAAUGGGUGAAGUUGAAAUGCCGAGUUGAACUCCAUCAACGCUCGACGAAAACUCAAAGCUCUAUCUCCAAUUCUUUUAUUCUGGAAAACAUGAGUACCCUCAGUUUACACUUCGAAACCCCAAUUGAAGACGCAGUAUCUAAAAUCCGAUUCGCCCCGCAUUCCAACAAUCUCCUCAUUUCUUCUUGGGACUCCAAUCUUCGAUUGUACGAUGUGGAUAACCUCCGGUGCAGAUUAACAGCAGUUCGGUCACAAGCUGCGCUUCUAGAUUGCUGUUUCCUAAGUGAAACUGCGGCUCUCAGUGCGGAUUCUAAUGGUGCUAUUCGAAGAUAUGACCUGUAUUCAGGAACUGAUGAUUUGAUCGGAAGUCAUGGUGAUUUAGCCACAUGUGUGGGAUACAGUGAUCAAACUUGUCAAGUUGUAUCAGCUAGUUUAGACAAGACUAUCAUGUUCUGGGAUAUGCGCCUGGAAAAGUCUCCAUCAUAUACGAUGAAUUUGGGUGCAGAAGUUAAGUCCAUGUCUCUCUCCGGGUUUGAUUUGAUGCUAGCUCUUGGGAAAUCAGUAAAUGUAUAUGACUUGCGAAACAUGGAGACGCCUCUACAUUUUAAAGAAUCUUGUAUGGAUGUAGGAAUAAAAUGUAUUAGCUCAUUUCCUGAUUGCAGAGGAUAUGCUGUUGGAUCAGUAGAUGGACGGGUAGCAUUAAAGUUCUUAGAUCCAUCCAAAACAAAUGAAAGAUACGCUUUUCGGUGUCAUCCAAGGUCAAAAGAUGGAAAAGCCCAUCUCGUUUCAAUUAAUGACAUUGUUUUCAAUCCAAUUAUAUGCGGCACUUUUGUUACUGGUGAUAAUGACGGCAAUGUUAUUGCAUGGCAAAAUGAAAACAAAAGAAGAUUAUGUGAGUUCCCUAGAUACCAAAACAGUGUGGCGUCUUUAUCAUUCAACCAUUCAGGAGAACUUUUGGCUGUUGCAUGCAGCUACACUUACCAGGAAGCUAAUGAAAAGGAAGUGACCCCUGAGGUAUUUAUACAGAAGUUGGAUGACAUAAAUGAUCCCCGCUUUCUAAGCUUAGUGAUUGCGUAUAUCUUGAACCAGCAAAAUGGCUUUGAUGGGUUUCAACAAACCCUAAUUCGUGGUCAUUUUCCUUAUUUACCCCUAUAUAUACCACAAAAUUCUGAUAUAGCUUUCUUGUCACGCUGCUUUUCUUUACCCUUUAUUUUUGUUCACCUCCGAGUUCAUCGAGAAAAAUUAUCAGCCGCCGCCAUGUCGGACGAGGAGCAUCACUUUGAGUCAAAGGCCGACGCCGGAGCUUCCAAAACCUACCCUCAGCAAGCCGGAACAAUCCGCAAGAAUGGAUACAUCGUUAUCAAGAACCGCCCCUGUAAGGUUGUUGAGGUUUCAACCUCGAAGACCGGAAAGCACGGACAUGCUAAGUGUCAUUUUGUUGCUAUUGAUAUCUUCAAUAGCAAGAAGCUGGAGGAUAUUGUUCCUUCUUCCCACAAUUGUGAUGUUCCCCAUGUUAACCGUACUGAUUACCAGCUGAUCGAUAUUUCUGAGGAUGGAUUUGUUAGUCUGCUGACUGAGAAUGGUAAUACCAAGGAUGACCUGAGGCUUCCCACUGAUGACACUCUGCUUACUCAGAUCAAGGAUGGAUUUGGUGACGGGAAAGAUUUGGUUGUGACUGUGAUGUCUUCCAUGGGAGAGGAGCAGAUUUGUGCUCUUAAGGACAUUGGUCCAAAGUGAUUGUUGCUUGCUUUGUUGGGCAUGUCUGUUGUUGACUGCUGAUAAUUGUAGUUUAAGCAGUGCGCCACCCGUUUGAAAAACAAUUUACAUGAGAUGUGCUCUCCAGUUAUAAGUAGACUUAUGAUUAAGCCGCCUUUUAUUAUUUAUUUAUAUUUUGGUGCUUUCUGGUGUGGAGAAGCUGCAUCUGCCAGUUACACUAUGCUUCUUAGCACCUUUGAAUGUUUCAAACUUCUUACAGUUUCCUUUCCUCAUAGAUUUGCCUUUUUUUUUUUUGGGUUUCGAUUACUUUUGGAGAAGUAUGUACACUAUCCUUGGAUGAUUCCUUUAUGAAAUGUGUUGUGGAAAAAAGUUGAUGGUUU